AUGGACCAUCAGAUUGACAACCCAAAGCUUGCUUUUGCUUACCUCCGUCCAGCCUGUGUGCUCCUGACUCAUGAGCCCACGGUGGGCAAUGUGGAAACCCUGAGCACACAGCUGAGGCAUGUAAAUGAUGGUACUCUGCAGCAGCUGCAGGACUAUGUCCUUUUUCCUCUCCGCUUCAUCCUCAAAAUCCCUGGCCCCAAGCGGGAUGGCUUGAUCCAGGCUGUGGCCGAGGCCAUAGGCUAUGUGCUGGAGAACACCUGUGUACAGAGCUGGGAGACGCUGAGGGACCUUCUCUCAGAGCUCUGCCUCUGCCUCUGCUCCCCCAUGGACCCAGGGAAGCCAGCACCCGCCUCAGAGGAGCUGAGAGCUGCAGUACUGAGGUGCCUGGAUGCUCUGUUGCAUGCAGCCUACGGUGACGUGGUCUUCAAGCUGUUUGAGCCCAUCAUGCUGCCUGGCCUUGGGGCUGCUAUCUCCCUGCUGCUGGCACUGGGAGAGCAGGAGAAGUCUCGCACUGUGCAGGCUGCUGCUCUGAAAUGCCUGCAGGCCCUGACCCUCCAGUGUGACUGUUCUCUGGACCAUGUGUCUGUGGGUCAGGAGGAGAGGCGUAUGCUAGGUAGCACCAUGGCUUCUUUCUUACCUGGGAUCACCAUCACUGUGAGCCGUGUGAUCACUGGCGAUAUGAGACAUGGACAUGCUGUCACAGUUAGGGCCAUUAAGGUGUGGUUCAAGACAGUGGGACUGGUGAUGGCUGACGACCAGCUUCAGCACACAGGGACUGGGGAGAGACAGCCGUGGGAACUGGGGAGAGUAUGGGAGCUGGUAGUGCAGAGAACUCAGGACUGGGUGCGAAACACCUCUGGGAGGCUGGCCUUACUGUUAAAAAAGAUAAUCUCCUGCACCUCAGCUCAUCAGCACUGGAGAGUGAGGCUUGAGAUGGUGAACCUCUCAGACCACCUCCUGGCCAACUGUAACUCCUCCCUGGGUGAGUGUGUGGGCCCCCUCCUGGAAGCUCUGGUGGGGGCUGUGAACGAUGAGGAGCCCACUGUGAGGGAGAGGUGUGAAGCUGCCCUGAGGGAGGUGGCAGAGAGGAGUCAGAGCUCAGAUAGUAACAACCAGGCCUUUACUGACGUGCUGUCAGAGAACCUCCACUCCCUGGCCACCUCGCUGCCGCGCCUCAUGAGGACGUCUGAUGACCAGCAUAAGGUGUUUGUCCUCAACGUGUUCCUGGGCUACCUCAAGAUCCUGGGCCCCAAGUUGAUAGUGGUGCUCAACUCGGCGGCCCACCUCCAGCGGGUGUCCAAGGCCCUGAUGCAGGUGUUGGAGUUAGACGUGAUGGACGUCCGCAUCGUGGAGGAGAGGAGCUCUGCCGUAACUGUGGAGACGGGGCCCGGACUCCACAGGGCAUAUGCUCAGAGGAAGCACUUCCUCUACUUCACAGACAAAAUAAUCUUCUCCCUGCUCAAGGAGAUCUGCAGGGUGUUAGGUUACUAUGGGAAUGUCUAUCUCCUAGUAGAUCACUUCAUGGAUCUGUACAAGGAGUCGUCGGUCUACAGGAAGCAAGCUGCAAUGGUGCUGAAUGAGGUGAUCAAGGGGGCAGCGGGCAUCGGUGUGGCAGGAGGCACGGAGAGGCAGGAAGUGCCCAGUCAGGAGGACCUGAAAGCAGUAGUAGAAUCCAUCAUAGAGGAGUACACCGGCCUGAGCCACUGGCACCUAUCAACCCUUAUUGCUGAGGAGUCAGACAGAGGGGAACACAAGCAGCAAACUCAGUUUAGUCUCCUCUCCAUAUCUAAUGGGGUUGAAGGGAAAGGGAAUCCCCUCCAGUUGGUCCAAGCAGUCCACAAGAGCUCCACAAUCCAUGAGUUGAACAGCAACAUCUGGCAGAUCUGCAUCCAAUUGGAGGGGAUAGGCUGCUUCGCCCAGGCCUUGGGGAUGGACUUCCGUCUCAUUCUGAUGACAUCACUGUACCCGGUGCUGGAGAAGGCCGGGGAUGAGACCCUGUUGAUCAGCCAGGCAGCGCUGGAUGCCAUGUGGGACAUCAGCCAGGCCUGUGGCUACGCCUCCCUGAAGGAGCUGAUCAAUGAGAACUCUGACUACCUGCUGAACGACGUGUCUUUGAACCUCCAGAGGCUUGGCAUCCACCCCCACGCCCCCAGGGUCCUCACCGUCAUGUUCAGUCACUCCGACCCUAGCCUGCUGCCUCUGGUGGGGGACAUAGUCCAGGACGUGCUGCUGGCUCUGGACUUGAGCUACGACGAGACGUCCCCUCUGUUCUGCACUGUGCUGCACUCACUUAUGAAGGCUCUAGGUAAAGUUUCCACAUCCACUUAAAUGUUUUCCCUAGUUUAUAACAUUGUUAUGCUUUUUAAUAGGAGAACCCGGAGAGGAAAUUGAAACACAGGACACAAAAUGAUAACCUUUAGCUAACACAGCCUAAGUAACACAAUCUUAAUCAUUUUCCACUACAGCGAGGUGGUUCCCCUCUAGUGUUGCGGGAACAAGUGACGCUUUGGGAACCAAGAAGGUGUGGCGUGAGCAGGACCAGCUGAAUGUGCGCCAGUUUCUCCUGGACUACAACAAACAAAAGGAGCUGGCAGUGGGCAUCGGGGCAGAGGAGGAGGGCACAGAGCACCCAGGUUAGUUAGGGCUCGCUGGCUGCCACACUAUUCCCCUGAAAACAAAUUUCUCACAUUAAUGAUACACAACAUUAACGCUAUAAUAAUAAUAAUAAUAAUAAUAAUAAUAAUAAUAAUAAUAAUAAUAAUGACAUUUAGCAGACGCUUUUAUCCAAAGCGACUUACAGUCAUGUAUGCAUACAUUUUACGUAUGGGUGGUCCUGGAAUCUAACCCACAAUCCCGGCGUUGCAAGCGCCAUGCUCUACCAACUGAGCCAUACAUGACAAGAAUCAAUCAAUCAAUCAAUCAAAUGUAUUCAUAAAGCCAUUUCGACAUCAACAGUUGUCACAAAGUGUUUUACUGUAACCCGGCCUAGCAAACCCCAAGCAGCAGCGACAGGAACCAGGCUCAAGUGUUGAAUAAGUUUGACUCGUGCUGUUUUCCUCAUAGCUGGGUCCUGAGUCAUUGCACUGCUUUUUAGGCGUCAGAAGAUUUUGUGUGGUGUGCUGCUGUGACAGUUAGUCAUGUUUUAAAAAAUGUCAAUUGAAAACUGUUCUACAGAAAUCAGAAUCCAUCAGUGUUAUGAGUCGCUGAGUUUCAUGCACUGCAUUGAAAAGUUUUUUUUUUUUUUUUUUUUCAGAGCUCCCGCCAAGCAUGGACUGUGAAGAGGAUACGGAUGGUCCUGAUGUGGACUGUGAAGAGGAUACGGAUGGUCCUGAUGUGGACUGUGAAGAGGAUACGGAUGGUCCUGAUGUGAAAGUUGAGCUUCCAGCCCACAUCACUAUAGCUAAAGACGUCAUGGAGCGCUGCAUUCACCUGCUCUCAGACCCCAGUCUGAGACUCAGGCUCAAGGUAGUCCUCUAGAUUGUUUUGAAUUCAAAGAUACGUAGCUUAAAAACUAGAGACUAGAGAGUUAAUAAAAUAUAAGGCUCUGUCUGGAUUCAACUAGUUUGCCUGCCACAUGUUGCUGUCACGUGUGCUCACUAUUGCCAAUUCUGUGAGUCCUGACCCAGGUUUGUUGUUUGGUUUGUUGCAGGUCCUGGAUGUGUUGGAGCAGUGUGUGUGUGUGCUAAGUGAGAAGGAGAAUGAGCUACUGCCCAUGGCUCACCGCUGCUGGCCUGCCCUCCUGCUCAGACUUACCACUGAUGACCCACUAGCUGUCCUCCGAGCCUUCAGGGUAUCUAUCGCUCACUACUGCUCCCACCUUCACUCAGUUAAAUAAUAAUUUGAUGUUUACAUAAUACAUAAUUGAUUACAUAAUUAGGAAAAAGCACACAUGGGAAUUCAUUUUUCAUUCAUGAAUGUAUACAUUUUCACCUACAACAGUUGGUAUUUAUAAUGAUGUAUUAUGAUGUCUGUGUGUGUUUUCUCUCUAGGUUCUGUGCACAUUGGGGGAAACCUGCAGAGAUUUCCUGAGGAAGAGGGUGUCUAAAGAGGUGGUCCCCAAGCUGACUGCCUGGCUGUCCAAACAGGCACCAGUGAGUGCCAGGGCCGGCCCAGUCUACAGCCACACCCUGGCCUACAAGCUGCAGCUGGCUGUGCUGCAGGGCCUGGGGGCUCUCUGCUGUCGUCUGGACCUAGGUAGGCAGGCCACCAACACCCUUCCUUCUUUAUUCUAGGAGACACUCAGCAAUAUUUUCAUCCUUUUUUAGGAAAUGUUAAAAUGAUAAAGCUUUUUGGCCACAAGGUGUCACCCUUGCACUGAUUUGGAAUUACAACCGGUGUAUCCUAUAGACUGCAUUGAAUGGUGUAUGUGCAUGUACAUUUCCCCAACCGAGCUCCCAAGGGAGACAGAGAUUGCUGCUGCCUUAGUCAAGGGAGAUGGAGACACACAAGGCAGGGCCAGCAUGACACCCACUGGUUUUCAAUAGUAGAACCGUUUGGAUACACCUCACCUAGCUGAGCCGAUUCAUGGUCUUCUCUGUCCUUGGUCUGUGAAGAUGCUACCUCCCUACACAUCAGCCCCAGAGGAACACAGCUGAGUCGGCUUAAGUUGAGACACAGAGAGACAGAAGCUGCAGCAGUAGUAGAACACACUGGUAAACAUCAGCUCCACCUCACCGCUGGGACAUCUCCAGAAAGGCAAUUAUUGGCCACAGAGAAAUAGAGAAAUUCUCCCAAUGUGAUAUGCUUUUAAGGUUAUUUACCCCCGUAGAGAAACACCUGGACUGGCCUCUCCCUCAGUAUUUAUUUUCUUUGUUCGCCUCUUGAUUCUACAAAAAAAGGGGGAUAGGUAUACUGGAUAUACUGGAUAAAAUGAAUUUUCUGACACAACGAGCAGGCUGGUUUUUCACCCGUGUGGGUUGAGUUGCCAAAUAAGAAAAGCUUGAGCAAGAAGCGUGAAGGCUUAUUUUGAAAUUAGGUUUGAAUGGCGACCCAGUUAGGAGCUUAGGGAAUACGUGUCUGGGGUGGGGGGGGACUACUACAAAGUGAUGGAGUUGCCAUGGUUAUGAGAGGUACUGAGAGUGGGGAGUGGAUGUGUGAAAUUCGGAGAUGGAGGCAGGCUGCUGUGAAAUUCCCAGGUCAUUUCAGCAUUUUCUUCCUCAGCACUAUCUCCAUUUCCUUUUUUAUUUUCCCAUUUUUUUCUUUUCCUCGGUUUUCCUUCUGGUAUAUACACUGCUAAAAAAAAUAAAGGGAACACUUAAACAACACAAUGUAACUCCAAGUCAAUCACACUACUGUGAAAUCAAACUGUCCACUUAGGAAGCAACACUGAUUGACAAUAAAUUUCACAUGCUGUUGUGUAAAUGGAAUAGCCAACAGGUGGAAAUUAUAGGCAAUUAGCAAGACACCCCCAAUAAAGGACUGGUUUUGCAGGUGGUGACCACAGACCACUUCUCAGUUCCUAUGCUUCCUGGCUGAUGUUUUGGUCACUUUUGAAUGCUGGCGGUGCUUUCACUCUAGUGGUAGCAUGAGACGGAGUCUACAACCCACACAAGUGGCUCAGGUAGUGCAGCUCAUCCAGGAUGGCACAUCAAUGCGAGCUGUGGCAAGAAGGUUUGCUGUGUCUGUCAGCGUAGUGUCCAGAGCAUGGAGGCGCUACCAGGAGACAGGCCAGUACAUCAGGAGACGUGGAGGAGGCCGUAGGAGGGAAACAACCCAGCAGCAGGACUGCUACCUCCGCCUUUGUGCAAGGAGGAGCAGGAGGAGCACUGCCAGAGCCCUGCAAAAUGACCUCCAGCAGGCCACAAAUGUGCAUGUGUCUGCUCAAACGGUCAGAAACAGACUCCAUGAGGGUGGUAUGAGGGCCCGACGUCCACAGGUGGGGGUUGUGCUUACAGCCCAACACCGUGCAGGACGUUUGGCAUUUGCCAGAGAACACCAAGAUUGGCAAAUUCGCCACUGGCGCCCUGUGCUCUUCACAGAUGAAAGCAGGUUCACACUGAGCACAUGUGACAGACGUGACAGAGUCUGGAGACGCCGUGGAGAACGUUCUGCUGCCUGCAACAUCCUCCAGCAUGACCGGUUUGGCAGUGGAUCAGUCAUGUUGUGGGGUGGCAUUUCUUUGGGGGGCCGCACAGCCCUCCAUGUGCUCGCCAGAGGUAGCCUGACUGCCAUUAGGUACAGAGAUGAGAUCCUCAGACCCCUUGUGAGACCAUAUGCUGGUGCGGUUGGCCCUGGGUUCCUCCUAAUGCAAGACAAUGCUAGAACUCAUGUGUCUGGAGUGUGUCAGCAGUUCCUGCAAGAGGAAGGCAUUGAUGUUAUGGACUGGCCCGCCCGUUCCCCAGACCUGAAUCCAAUUGAGCACAUCUGGGACAUCAUGUCUCGCUCCAUCCACCGAAGCCACGUUGCACCACAGACUGUCCAGGAGUUGGAGGAUGCUUUAGUCCAGGUCUGGGAGGAGAUCCCUCAGGAGACCAUCCGCCACCUCAUCAGGAGCAUGCCCAGGCGUUGUAGGGAGGUCGUACAGGCACGUGGAGGCCACACACACUACUGAGCCUCAUUUUGACUAGUUUUAAGGACAUUACAUCAAAGUUGGAUCAGCCUGUAGUGUGGUUUUCCACUUUAAUUUUGAGGGUGACUCCAAAUCCAGACCUCCAUGGGUUGAUACAUUUGAUUUCCAUUGAUAAUUUGUGUGUGAUUUUGUUGUCAGCACAUUCAACUAUGUAAAGAAAAAAGUAUUUCAUAAGAUUAUUUCAUUCAUUCAGAUCUAGGAUGUGUUAUUUUAGUGUUCCCUUAAUUUUUUUGAGCAGUGUAUGUGGUAUAUCUGUGUUGUAUUUGCAGGGGACUCAGAUCUGGAUGCUGUAACUGAAGCCUGCCUGCCCUACCUCAGCUGCAGACAGCCACCCAAACUGCAAGAGGCCUGUCUAAGGUAUAUUUGUAUUGCAAUAGUAAAUCUAGCAGUACAAUAUAUUAAAAGCCAGUUUUUAUCUGGUACCAUUUCCUUAUCAUAUCUGAACACAUCAUAUAUUGUGAUUUAUCGUGUAAUGUAUGACCUUAUGUAUUAUCGUCAGCUUUCUAUGAUCAUUUUAUUCAGUUGAAUUUAUCAAUGUGCUAUCUCUAUUCUGUGCAGUGUCUUCCGCCACCUAAUAGAAUUGGACCCUGAUGCCUUCUGGUUGACUCUGAACGAGCUAUACUGUCCCUGCUCCUACACCCCACCCCACCCUGACCUGCAGCCUGUGGAGCUGAGUGGGAUGGGCCUCCAGAGGAACGAGUACACAGAUAAUGUCCUGAAACUCCUGGAGGACUUUGGCUUGCCUGAGGACACACAGCCAGCAGGGAUCCAGAUCCAGUGA